CCAACCAUGCUGGCCCCAGCUGGAAAGAUAGAUAGAGAGGAGACUGCGAAUAUAAAGUGUCGCGAAGCUGCACAAGUUGAUUUAAUUAUCGUUGUGUCGUUGUCCCCCCCCCUCUGUGUCCGGUCUUCGCCAACUUUUGUGAGAUAAUUGUAAUCUGCAAACCCGACAACAUGUCUCGAACAAUUGGACUCCUUGCGGUUGCUGGCCUGUUGCGCACGGCCGCAGCCGGCCUUUACCCGGGAUUGACCACCGCCAACCACACCUGCGCUCUCGUCGAACCCAUUCUGUCUUGCUCUUGCGGCGCAAACCCCGACAAGGUCGACACGUGCUGCACCGAGACGUUUGGUGGCCUGGUCUUGGCAACUCAAUUCUGGAAUACUCACACCGGUCUUGAAGCCGAAGGCCAAAAGUUGCCCGCCGACGCGUGGGGAAUUCACGGCCUGUGGCCCGACUUCUGCAACGGCUCGUACACCCAGUAUUGCGACCUCAGCCGUCAGUACGAUCCAGCUCCUUCUCCCAACACCACCACCGGAAAGGCGGACGGCACACCGGUCCCCGCCUGGACCGGUGCCUCCCUGGAUGAGUUUGUCAAGCCCUUUGAGAGGUUUGAUCUUCUCGAGUACAUGAAGAAAUUCUGGAUCGCCCAGUACACCCCCAACUGGGUCCUCUGGGCCCACGAGUUCUCCAAGCACGCAACCUGCUUCAGCACAUUUGACGUGGAAUGCUACGGCCCCAAGUACCAAGAGCACGAAGAAGUCGUCGACUUCCUCGAGACCGCUGUCCACUACUACCAAGAGACCCCGACCUGGAAGUGGCUCGCCGCCAAGGACAUCACCCCGUCCAACGCGACCGCCUACUCCCUCUCAGAUCUCCAGGCCGCACUCAAGGAAGGCCACGGCGCCGUCCCCUACCUGGGCUGCUACGGACCCCGGUACAACGCCACCGAGGCCGGCAAGGGCUCUCUGGAUAACGGGUACACCCAGCUCACCGAGGCCUGGUACUACUUCCACGUCCACGGCAAGCCCCAGCGCGGGGACGCCGUGCCCGUCGCUGCUGAUGCUAAUGGCGGGCGUGUGACGAACUGCGCGACUACGCCCGGUGCUAUUUGGUACUACGAGCGCUCUGAAGGUUCGGUCCAGUAGAAGGAUCAUAUGGUGUUGAGCAUGUAAAAAGCAUAUAAGCAUACUAGUAAUGAGUAAUUCCUGCCGCGCUACCAUUUUCUGACUUCAAAGACUGAAUGCAAA